AUGGCGGCAGUUGAUACCCUCUCUUCCACCCCGGUCCCUGCCAACCCGGCCCAGCAGCCGCUGGCAAAUGGGACGCAGGCCAAUGGCACCAAGAAGUUUCCAAUUCUGGAAUCACUCCCUGCGUCUGAACGCGUGCCUUUCGACCCAAAGAAGCACCUCAAUUUCUCACCUCCUUCCAAAGUCUGGACCAUGAAGGAGCUUGGCUACCCCGACAGCCGUGGGGUCUCCCCCAUCGGUGUCUCAGAACCUUUCCCAUUGUUCACUCCAGAGGCGAUCAAACAGAUGAGAGCCGAAGUCCUCAGUGAGGAAGUUUUCACACACUAUCAGUAUUCAAGCAACCUGGCCCAGUGCCAGCUGCGAGGAUUUGCACGGGAGUAUGCUCCGUUCGUGUACGACGCUUGGAAGAGCCCCGAGGUUCUCAGCAUUAUCUCCAAGAUCGCAGGAGUCGACCUCGUUCCCGCCAUGGAUUGGGAAAUUGGCCAUGUCAACAUCUCCGUCAAGAGCGAGGAGCAGAAGCAAAAAGAUCUCGAACUCAUCAAGGCCCGUGGCGACGCCGAGGAUGAUGACAGUCCCAUUGUGGAUUGGCACACGGACAGCUAUCCCUUCGUCUGCGUGACUAUGCUGUCCGAUUGUACCGAUAUGGUGGGAGGCGAGACUGCUCUCCGGAAGGCGAACGGCGAAGUGGUGAAGGUGCGAGGGCCACAGAUGGGUUGGGCCGUCAUCCUUCAGGGUCGUUACCUCGAGCACCGGGCUCUUCGGGCAUUGGGCGGAACGGAACGCAUCUCCAUGGUGACGUCCUUCCGUCCCCGUUCCUCUGCCGUCAAGGAUGAUACGGUUCUGACCACCGUGCGUCCCAUCUCUGACCUGGCAGAACUAUACCACCAGUUCGCAGAAUACAGGUUUGAAAUACUGGAGGAGCGCUUCCGAGACAUGAACCGGUUGAUGCGAGACCGCAUGCGGGCACGACGAGGUUUUGAUACGAAGGGAACCAAACAGUUCAUCCGAGAGCAGAUUGAGUUCCUGGAGCACAUGUACAAGGAGAUGGUGGACGACGACCAGGUGAAGAAAGGGUCCGUGGAUGACAGUCACCUGAUCUCAGAAGACCUCAAACAGCGCCAGAAGCAACGGGAUGCUGCAUUGGAAGCAUAA